GAAACGGUUUAUGAGCACAUCAGUCUGAUGACAUUUGGAAGGAACAAGACUCGUAAUGAAAUAAAAACCUUAGUUUCAACAAAACCUUACUGCUGCACCACCAACAAAUUAUGGGGCUCAGUGAUGACGAAUGGAACCAUGUCCUGGGCAUCUGGGCAAAGGUGGAACCAGAACUCCCGGUCUAUGGACAGGCAGUUAUAGUCAGACUCUUUCAGGUUCACCCCGAGACCCAGGAACGCUUUGCCAAGUUCAAACACCUGAAGACAAUCGAUGAGCUGAAGAGCUCCGAAGAAGUGAAGAAGCACGGCACCACUGUCCUUACUGCCCUGGGCAGAAUCCUGAAGCUGAAGAACAAUCAUGAACCGGAGCUGAAGCCACUGGCAAAAAGCCAUGCCACCGAGCAUAAAAUCCCUGUCAAGUACUUGGAGUUCAUCUGUGAAAUCAUUGUCAAGGUCAUUGCUGAGAAGCAUCCCUCGGACUUUGGGGCCGAUUCCCAGGCUGCGAUGAGGAAGGCCCUGGAGCUGUUCCGAAAUGACAUGGCCAGCAAGUACAAGGAGUUCGGUUUCCAGGGCUAG